CCUCCAUCUUCAAACAUCACCACAUUUCUCGUCCGACACUCCCACCGCCAACCCCGCCUUACCGUCAACAUGACGACCGCCCACAGGCCGACUUUUGACCCCGCCCGCGGCAAAGAGGCCCUCCGCGGCCCGGCUUACCACCAGCGCCUCCUCCCCGCCCACACGCAGCUCAAGUUCCGCAAGGCCGGCCAGGGUGGCGACGCCGACCACGAGCCCGAGCGCGACCUCGCCGCCGAGCUGCUCGCCGCCGAGGCCGCUUUCCUUGCCAAGAAGAACGGCGGCGCCCUCCCCCCGCCCGCCCACGACGACGACGACGACGAAGACGAUGGCGACUCCGCCUCCGCCUCGAAGAAGCGAGCCCUACCGUCGGGGCAUGAUGGACAUGGAAACGGCGGCGGUGGCGGGGAUGGCGAUGCAGACGACGAAGAAGACCUAGCGGCCAAGCGGCGGCGGAUUCUGGAGGAGACGCGCGAGAUUGACGCCGACGACAGCAGCGAGGAGGAGGAUGACGACGAUAGCGAUGAUGAUGACGACGACGACGACGAGGAUGCCGAACUUCAGCGCGAACUCGAGCGUGUGCGCCGCGAGCGAGAAGAAAAGAAGAAACGAGAGGAGGCGGAGCGCGCCAAGGAGGAGGAAGAGGCUCGCGAGCGGCACAUUGCCUACGGCAACCCCCUUCUGAAUAAGCAGGACUUUACCAUGAAGCGCCGCUGGGACGACGACGUCGUGUUCAAGAACCAGGCCCGCGGCACCGAAGACAAGGGCAAGAAGAAGGAGUUUGUCAACGAUCUUCUGCGGUCCGACUUCCAUCGUCGCUUUAUGAACAAGUACGUCCGGUAAACGGUCUGGGCCUGCGGCUGGGAUAAAGGCACACAUGGUUUGGCGCACAGGUGGCAUCUUGAUUCACGCGGGGCACGCGAAACGUGCUGGCGCCUAUAGACGGCUUCUUUCUUGUCUGCUCUAUACAAUGCUUUUUCGUGUACGAUAGUAGAUACCACACACACACACAACGUCGACGCCGGGGUUCACGUCAU